CACCUGCAGCAGCUGUCUGGUAGGAGUGGUGCUGUGUAGUUUCCUUCUCAUUCGGUAUUAUGAUUAAAGAUGCUGUUGUAAUGGACAUUUAAAUUAAUGCUUGCUUGCAGAAUAAUUACAAACUCUUGGGGUAUCUCUUUUCAGUAUUUAUAAUAUUAAGGCUGGUUGACAAGUUGAUGUCUCAAGUCUGGUCCUUCGGAGUGAUGUAGUGUUGCAGGAUUCUUUCUGUGUAGUGUGUUCAGAAGUGUGUUGCUGAUGUUAUGGACGGCACAGCUCUCUCCGUCUGUUCUGUCGGGUGGCUGUAGUCUGGUCCAGCUAGUUGAAUACUGGAAGCUAUGGCAAAGAAUUACGUAUGCACACACCUGUGGUAACACCGAUAUGAAUGGCGACAGUGACAGAUUUGAGUGUGACUUUUAACAAAUGUACAAAUGCGAGCGCUGUAAUCCGUUCCGGAUGAUGGAUGCGUCGACAACAGGACAACGCGAACGUCUCGUGCGGGAAUUUGGUGCGAAAACAUGCGUUAUGUAAAUCAGAAGUUUCUCAGUGACGGAGAGUGCAUCACAGCAAAACGUGACGGGUCUCGGCGUAGUUUUUGUGCUGCCUUCCCCAAAAGCACGUGUCAGUGUUCCAGAUCAAUUAACUUCUUUUAUGAAUUACUAACGUGGUUGCUGCCGACCCAGUUUGGUAGUGCCUGAGCCGUCCACUGUGUCGUGCCUGUUGCAGGCAUCUUCCGCCCUACGAGUUUUAUUUAUUUUUUUAAAAUUAAAUUUUACUACGUUGUUUCGAAAAUAAGUUUGUUGAAAUUAUUACUGUUAGAUUUUAUACAAUUUAUUGGCUUUAGUGAAAGAAAUGUUAAAUGUAUAUGGCAUACAGCACUUUAAGUAAAAUUAAUUUAUGUAUAUCUUUGGGCGCGAAGAUUGACGGCGUUAACCUUCCUACUGGGUACUCCUACGAGUCUCAGGGUACGUGUUUGGCGAGUAUUUCCAUCGCCAUAGAACAGUGAUUAGUGUUACCAUUUAUCCAGUUUUAACCGUAGUAGCGUCGCGUGUGCUUAUGAACAUAACUCAAGUGACCUUUGCACGCGAUCCUUUAUUUAGCGAGGUAAAGAAACACUUCCAACGGUGAUUGGUAUUCAGAAACAACGUUGUGUUCCCCAGUGCAAUGUCUGGAGAACUGUAAUGGCCAGAAUGAUGACGGGAGUUGUGUUGUGCUUCUAUCCAGGACUCUUUAUGAUGAACUGUUUCGAUACUCGUUAAGGUUUUUCAUUUAACACGAUGGGCGAAGAUCAACAGCAGUUCCGCGGCAGCCCAGCUCGCCGCCUUUCUCAACUUUUCGACCCGCUGUCCCGAAUGUCAGAGUUCACGUGCUCUACACCGCCUCCGUCCGCCCCUGCAAGCCCCCGACUUCUUCCUCGGCGGUCUCGCCUUCAUCUUCAAGCUGGCAAUUCCUCCCCACCGCCGCCACCGCCUCCCCGUCCUCAUGCCGCCUCCACUUCUGUGGGAACACCGCUCUGUUCUUCCGCGUCGCCUUCAUACCUGAUUGAUCUGAUGGACGUUGACCCUUCGCCGGCGCUGCCGCCUCAGUAUGAUCACUGGGGCGAAGACCUCGCAACAGCUUCUGGAGGUAUCAACUGGCAAGAGAGGUGUUUGGAGCUGCAGCUGGAGUUACAUCGGUUCAGACACCAAGCAGGACGUGUCAGGGACAUGCUGAGGGAGAAGCUGUCGGAGUUGGAGCAGAGGGUCGUGGAGGCAGAAAGCCGUGCCGAGGAAGCUGAAGACAGGGUUCGGAUGAUGGAGCAGAGGCUUGCUGAGGCUGACUGGACUCCUGGUGAAACAACUGAGCAUGUGUCGAGCCUCAGUAGCACUGUUCAGGCAAAAGAAACUGUCAUCAAUAAGCUCGAAACUCAAGUGGAAGAGCAGCGCCUGCUACGACUACAAGACGCCAAACAGGUGGAGGCAAAGGCAGCCAAGAUCAAAGAGUGGGUCACCAAUAAACUUCGGGAGCUUGAGGAACAAAAUCAACAUCUGCGUGAACAGAACCAGAAGUGCAAUGCACAACUGGAGCUGCUGAGGAACCAUCUGGCACACAACCAGCUGGUUGCUGGGGUAGUCAAAGACAGGUCAAGCACUGGGGGAUCUUCAUCAAGGGCAAGUCUGAGUCUAGAUGUUACAGCCACCACCACAAGUGAUGACUCUCUAGUGCUGCCUCUUCAUGAUCUGCCAGCACGACCACUGUCUUCAGCUACAGCACAAACUACAGAAAACCCAUCAUUAAGUGGAAGAUCAGGAGUAAUUGGAAUGGAGCCUGCGUAUUCAGAAGUGGAGCGGAGACGUCUACAGCAGCAGCAACAGCUGGGUGUCGAGAUUGGUCACUCAGUUGGUGGCAGUGGAAGUGUAACAGUGCCUCAUAUUCCAGGGGUGGAUGCUUCCAGCUCAUUGCUUACCCAGGACUUGCAGGCUGCCGUUGAGAGUCUUGCACUACUUCCAUCUUCAUCCCUGCCUGGUGCUUCUGUUUCUGGUGGAGGAGAUGAGACAACACAUGAUUACGCAGAGAUUUAUACACCAAGCCAUGAGCGGAUGCCCUGGCUGGGUGCAGGUGCUGCUUCAUUGUCAAAUCAUCGAGAUGUAUCUCAAGGUGGCAGUACAAGCAGCACCAAUAGUGGAGGGUCCCUAUCACUGGAAUGUGCUGGAAAACCUCCCACCCCUCCACUCCAUCGCUUUCCAUCUUGGGAGUCCAGGAUCUAUCAGGUGGCAGCGGAUGGGCUCCAGGUAGUUCCGAUGGGUGCUCACACUGGUACUGCAGAUACAGCGAACAAUAACAGUUUGAAGCAGCCAUCAGGUUCUGGCUCAGCACAAGGCUACUGUGACAUCAGUGUUCCUGUCUAUGCUACUGUCAAAGGAAGAGCAAGUCAGAUUAGGUCUAUGCCAUUUACUGGUGAUUCAAGUGAUGAUUCAAGUGAUGGAGAAGGUGCAGUAACAGGAGCUGGAGAACAUAACAAUCAUGGUGGUGAGAGCAGUGUAUCAGCUGUGCACCACCAUCAUCACCACCACCACCAUCACCAUCCUGGAAGUACAGCUGCCAACACUCCUGCAUCAGCAAAUGUUACCAACACCCGUACUACAAACAGCAGUAGUGACAACACUGAUACAUCUGUGUCAACUGGUGGUUCAGGAUCAAGUCCCAGUAAAAGUAUGAAAACAACAUCUAGUCUAUCGCCAGCAAAACGUAGUUCUUCAGGUUCACCUUCCAAGUCUAUGAAGAGAGAUACAUCCUUUGAGUCGGGGAUGUCCGAUGACUAUGCUGUCCCACCGGAUGCUCUGUCUUGUUGUGGGGCAGACACUACCAGUAUUGAGUCAUCAAUGCCGUCAUUAUUGAUGCGUGUAUCAUCAUACCUAGACAGCCCCAACAAGAGGGUUACUGGUGAAUCUCUGGAAAAAGCUGGGCAUUUGGCAAAACUUGGCGGGAAGUUAAAGACAUGGAGGAAGCGUUGGUUUGUGCUCAGGAAUGGAGUGCUGACAUACUGGAAGUCACAGAAUGAUGUAAAUCGAAAGCCACAAGGACAGAUAGUUUUGGAUGAGAUUUGUCGUAUUACACGUGCUGAUGGUGCUGCUACUUUUGAGAUUUCUACAGGCAAGAAAACAUACUACCUCACUGCAGAUUCAAUUGCAACGAUGGAAGACUGGAUCCGUGUUCUUCAGAAUGUUCAGCGGCGGAAUGCAACUAAACUGCUGCUCAGCAAGGAAGACAACAAGCCAACUUUACAGGGUUGGCUCACAAAGGUGAAGAAUGGUCAUGCCAAAAAGUGCUGGUGUGUGUUAAUUGGCAAGAUGUUUCUCUACUUCAAGAUCGCUGGUGAUGUAAACCCUGUUGGUCAAAUCAACAUGCGAGAUGCCCGUGUGGAAGAGGUCGAUCAUGUCUCUGACUCUGACAGUGAGGAUCGAGAGGGUGAUGGUCACAACACAGAGCUUACUAUUGGUAUCUUUCCAACUCACCAGGGACCAACAUACCUACUCAUGCCUAGCAAGCAAGAAAAGGAUUCCUGGAUGUACCACUUAACUGUUGUAUCUGGCGGAGGUCCAAAUGCUGGAACCCAAUAUGAGCAGCUUGUUCAAAAACUGAUGGAAACAGAUGGUGAUCCAAACUGUGUUCUUUGGAGACAUCCACACCUGCUUCACAGCAAGGAAAGCAUCGCAUCCCCACUGACUACGCUUUCUUCAGAGGCCAUACAGGCUGAAGCCAUAAAACUUUUUAAGUCCUGCCAGCUGUUCAUAUCUGUGGCAUUGGACAGUGCUGGAAUUGACUACCAUGUUGUCCUGGCCCAGAAUGCGUUGCAGCAGUGUCUUGAUGUGCCAGAGCUGCAGGCGGAACUGAUGUGUGCACUUGUGAAGCAGACCUCAAGGCACACACAGCACAAAAUUGGGGUCCAGGUAAACAGGACCAUCACCAAGUUUAAGCACUCCCGCCAGCUGCUGCUAUGUGCAACUCAGUCCCUCUUCGCAUGUGACUCUUCAUCCUCAUCAGGGAAUGGCGGUGGAGGAAGUGGUGCUGGUGGGAUGCAGCGGGGCUCACCGACUUCUCUGCAGGCCACGCCCCCACCUGCACCACCAUUGCUGGACUGCAAGACCAAUCCGCCAACAUUUGUGUUUGUCCAGGGCUGGCAGUUACUGGCCCUAGCAGUGUCACUUUUCAUACCACGUAACAAUCGGCUCUUGUGGUAUCUGAAAUUACAUCUCCACCGCAACGCUGACUCCAAAAGUGAGUGUGGUAAAUAUGCUGCGUACUGUCAACGUGCCCUAGAAAGAACACUGCAAAAUGGUGGAAGAGAGGCAAAGCCUUCACGUAUGGAAGUGUUGUCUAUUCUGCUCAAAAAUCCUUAUCAUCAUUCACUGCCACAUGCCAUACCAGUUCACAUGCUCAAUGGAGCUUAUCAGGUUAUCAGUUUUGAUGGAUCAACUACAAUUGAAGAAUUCUUGUAUACCCUAAACCAGGAAAUUGGUUGUCGGGACUCUGCACAGUCAGGAUUCACCCUCUUCAGUGAUGAUCCUAUAGAAAAAGACCUAGAACACUUUAUUGAGCUGCAGGCAAAGUUAUGUGAUGUGAUCUCAAAGUGGGAAACAGCAUUACGAGAAAAGGGUUCUGGAAAGUUUGAGAACACACGUGUAAUCCAGCUUACUUACAAGAAUAGACUGUACUGGAGGCACAGUGCCAAGAUGGAGACAGACAGGGAACGUCUUUUGCUGUGCUACCAAGUAAAUCAGCAAGUGAUCCACGGCAGAUUCCCCCUCAACAAGGAGCUGGCCCUGGAACUGGCUGCGCUCAUGGCUCAGAUUGACUUUGGAGAAUACAAUUCUGACAAGGGACGAGGGAGUGGUGGCGCAACAGGAAGCCCACAUCAUUUAGUACUUCAGGCUCUGGACAAGUUUUACCCUUACCGCUACAAGGAUGGACUAACUCCAGACCAACUCAGGGAACUACAGGAACAUUUGCAAGACAAGUGGGCAACCUUGAAAGGACGAAGCCUUUUGGAUUGUGUGCGCAUUUAUCUUACAUGCACACGCAAGUGGCCACAUUUUGGCGCAUCCCUUUUCCAAGCUCAGUUGCACACUCCACAACCAUGGGCAGGAGUUGAACUAGGAACAAUGCUCUGGCUUGUGGUCAAUGAAGACAGUGUAACAUUGCUGGAGCUGGCUUCAAUGCAGACGCUAGCAAAGUAUCCUUACUCAGCCGUUGUUACAUUCGGAGGCUGUCAGGAUGACUUCAUGCUUGUGGUAUCAGCUGAAGAAGGCGUAGGCAGUCAGAAAUUACUGUUUGGUCUUAGCAAGCCAAAGAUUUUGGAGCUGACAUUGCUGAUUGCGGACUACAUGAAUGCUCUUGGGCAUGGUCUUCCUGGAACACCCCAGAUGGGCACUCUCACUCGCAAUGGGUCUCAUCGGUCUCUGCAGCGGAGUCGUCAGCCCACAACAGCUGGAGGAACAGGCUAUAGUACACUGAGCUCUACUGUUGCUGUUCACUGUAGUACACUGGGCUCCACCAGCCAGCAGCAACAAGGUCAACAACCGGACCUCCUUAAGUCCACACCAGACCAUCAAGUGGGAGCUCCAUCUGCUACUAGUGUUGAAGUGAGGUUGCACAGAACAGACUCAAAAAAGAGGACCCACCUAGAUAAUGGCAUGGCGUGAUGUAGCGCCAGAGCCCUGCACAAAGAAACACAGUGCUAGUGAAGUUUGGGCUCUCCGACACAAUUUUUGUGCGCAGAAACUCCUUACAUGUCAGGUAAGGGAAUGAGUGUGACAAAACAAGCUGGCAAGCAUAAGUGAUACUUUCAAAUAGCAAAUAAUUAUUUCAAUAAAUUUGAAGUGUGUUAGAUGAUAAACUACAGAAAGUACACAUUAGCAGUAGUGUAAUUUUGAGCUGCACAUUGCAGACAUAGACUAACAUUGGUAUAUUUUCUUACUGUGUAAAGUUUUAAAUUAAUUUUAAGACCUCAGUAUUAGAAUAUUAUAUCUAAAUAUUCAUCUCUGAAUAACAUUAGUUUAAGGUUCCCUUGUUUUGAAUUCUGAAAUGAAAUGAUUAUAGCAUGGUA